AUGUUUCGAGAUCCCAAGAUGUCAGCUGCCUUCGGCGUUCACUUUGGUUGCACUUCUGCCUGCUUAGCGGUUUAUAAGGAUGGAAAAACUGAUGUUGUUGCGAAUGACCUCGGAGAUCGAGUCACCCCCUAUGUUGCAUUCACAGACCAGGAUCAAGCUGUCGGAGCGGCUGCUAAACAAGGAUUGAUUAGAAAUGCACAAAACACUGUAUCUAAUGUGAAGAAGAUAGUGGGACGGAAGAUUUCAGAUCCUGCUGUCAAGGAUUAUAUUGCCAAAAGUACAGCUAAGGUUAUUGAUCAGAAUGGCUCUCCUCACUUUCAAGUGGACUUCAAGGGAUCAUCCAAGUCAGUUAAUCCAGGGCUUAUCACUGAAGCUAUAUAUAGAAAAAUGUUGGAGACUGCACAGAGUCAUGGUGGAAAAGGUAUACAGGAUGCAGUUUUGACUGUUCCUGUAAGCUUUAGUGCAGAUCAAAAGCGGGCAGUCAGUGAAGCUGCCACUAGUGCUGGGUUUAAUGUGUUGAGAGUUGUCAGUGAACCAGCAGCUGCUACACUAGCUUAUGACAUCGGCCAGGCUGAUAUUCAUGAAGACAACAACGUCCUUGUAUACAGAGUGGGAGUGAGCAUAGAUGCCUCCGUUGUGCGGGUAUCAAAUGGGAUUUACCAGAUUGUGUCAACUGUCUCAGAUGAUGACCAUGGUGGAGACAAAUUUACAGAAGUGCUAGUUGAUUACCUAGCCACAGAUUUUCAAAGGUUGCAUCGGUGUGAUGCUAGAGAAAAUAAAAGGUCACGUGUGAAGUUAAAAAUGGCAGCAGAGACAUGCAAACACACAUUGGCAACUCUAGGCAAUGCUCAGUGUGCCAUAGACUCCCUUUAUGAUGGAAUAGAUUUCCACACAAAUGUGUCCAGAGCAAGAUUUGAGAGCCAAAGUAGUGGUCUAAUUCCGCAGUGUAUGCAGCCUAUAGAACAGGUGUUAGCUCAGGCAGAUUUACAAAAGGACGAUAUACACAAGGUUAUUCUCUGUGGAGGAGGGAUAAAACUUCCUAUACUACAGAAAGCUGUAGGAGAUUACUUUCCCCAGUCUGAUCUGCUCACCACUAUAAGUCCUGAUGAAACAAUAGCAAUCGGAGCAGCGAAACAGGCUGCUGUAUUAGUUGGGAAUCCUCCUCAAGAAAUCAAAGAGAACACAGAAGACAAUGAAAUGGAUUGCCUGGCAACAUUUGUCUGUGUUAAGGUGAAGAAUUCAGAUGGAGCUAUGGAGUUGCAGCCAGUGUUCUCUAAAGGGCUACCGAUUCCUGCAAGAAAGCAUCAAACUUUCACUCUACAUGGUGACCAGAACAGCUUUUGUCUGGAGAUCUAUGAAUCUGACACUGGAGAAUUGGAAUCAGCACGUUUACUGGCAAAGGUUGUCAUGAAGGAGCUCCCAAGUGAAGCUGUGCUAAAGGCAACUUUCCAUUUUAGACGGGAGGGAAGUUUACAUGUGAGCUGCUCAGAACCAAUGUCAGGAAAGGAGGAGUCUAUUACUAUAGAAGCAAAUUGAUGAAGGGAAUCAGUAACUAAUGAAUGGAUAAGUUAUGUUUGUUGUGUCAUGUAAUUUUUCAUGUAUCAGCAUUGGCUCGAGUCAAACCUGACCCAAGUGGAUCAUAAACUGUGCAUACCAGAGGUGAACGCUGAGUGUGUAGAUCACACAUUUAAAAUAAAAUUUCAUGUAUGAAAUUUUCACGACCGGGAAGAUGUUCUUGGGAAGUGUGUCCUUGAUUCAAAACUUUUCCAGGCAGGCACCCAUUGGAGAACUGUUCAUGCUUUUUUUUUUAUUUUUAGUUACACUCAUUUCAGUAAAUGAAUUUCUGGUCAAAUAAAUACCAUGUGUUAUAACAUUUGUUAAGAUCACCACAUCUUUCAAGAUUUCUUAUUCAGUGGGGCCAAUAGUUCAGAACUGUGUUGAAAUUUAGACCAGACCUAAUUUUAAUACCAGUCUCAUCACAGUGCUA